AUGGAUGACACAGGGAAUAGUUCUGUGCUCGACACAUCAGAGGGAGCAUUGGUAGUGGAUCUAUCUCACUGUACAGAUGACUCACAGCUCUCAGAUACCUCGAGAUGCAGAGCCGAUAACUCAAGGCUUCUGGACACAUUGGGAGACAAGACUGAAGAUUCCCGAAUGAGUGACCCACUCAAAAUUAUCCCUGAAUCAUCUCAGAUCCUGGAACGCUCGAACAGAGCAGAUACUCAGCAGUCGGAGAUUUCUGUGUGUGUCAAAAGUAAGUCUGAGGGGACAAUGAAUGUGACAGACUCCAACCAGAGUGAGGUGGUCAACAGAGAGAAGACUGAAGGAGAAGAGGUCAAUGAAAUGUGUGAGAGAGGACUCAGAAAGAGAGAAGUGGACGUCACUCAGUUUUCACACCAGCCUGAUCAAACGGACAAGUUCACUCCAAAGAAAAACAUUAGGCCUAUGUCACUAGGUGGGAAGAAUGAUAUAAAUAAAAGUAAAUACACUCCCCAGAAAGUGGACCACAGAUUGGCCCAGCUGGCUGUUAACGCUUAUGUAUCUCCGUCCUGUAGGGGGAAUGACUUAAAGAAAGAGAAUGCUGAUGACAAUACAGUUUCUAAUGCCAAAAUAAAUAGGAAUGACAAAUCACUGAAACAGUUAGGCUUGCCUGUUAAUGGUACUACAUUUGUGUCCAAAGAAAACUCAAAACCUCUUCAACCAAGUUCUAUCUGCAAUGUUGAAUCAACUGUGCUGAAAGCUACUGAGGAAAAAGCCCCAUCUUUGUCAGAAAACAGAUGUGUACAGCGAGAAGAUGCUGGAAGUUCACAGAAUUCUUUUUCAAAAAGAGAGGAGCAAUCAUUUGUGGCUGAGAAUAGGCAAAUGAAGCCUAUACCUGCAGACUUUUAUUCACAAGAAAUGUCCAGACUGAAUUCUAAGCUACAGCAGAGAGAAAAGUCUCCCAGAGUUGAAUGGAAUGUUUGUCCUGAGGGUGAUGAUGAAGAAAUUGAGGACAUGAAUGAGACGUGUGACCAAAGUGACCUUAGCAAAAUGGAGGAUGAGAUGGAUACCAGUCAAGUUCAGGAAGGAGAACCAGUUCAACCUCUGAUGACAACAGAUGUUCAUUGUGCAAUGUGUAACAAUUGGUUUAUGAACAUGAACUCAUAUACAAUGCACAUGGCAAAACAUGCUCAGAUGAGUUCACCACUGCUGGGACUUAAAUGUAAAAUCUGUGAGAAAAUGUAUUUGUAUGAGAUGGAAUUCAAAGCUCAUGUUCAAGCACAUUUAGAAAUGCCUAAAGUUUACAAGUGUCGAGUUUGCUUCAAAUCUUUUGAGGAGAAAUCUGAGCUUCAGCGUCAUGUGAAAAUUCACCAAGACAAGAAAGAAUUUUCCUGCCAGUUCUGUGGUAAAGAAUUCCACUACUCAUUUAACCUGAAGAAACAUCUGAGAACACACACAGGUGAGAAGCCUUACACCUGUGUUUUGUGUGAGCUUAAGUUCACUCAUAAGAACAGCCUGAAUCGUCAUAUGAGUUUGCAUACUAAUGAGACUGAGUUGGAGUGCUCUGUCUGUAACAAGGUGUGUCUUGAUAGAUGGACCCUACAGAAGCACCUGGCUUCUCAUCAGCUCCUCAGCUGUAACCAGUGUGACCAGUCCUUCACCAACAGCAAAGAGCUCCAGAAACAUCAGAAAACUCACAAAGAAACAACAAAAGAGAACUCAGCUCCUGAUGUUCUAAACAGUCAAACAAAGGAACAGCUUAGCCAUACAGACUCUGCUCAAAAUAAUCCAGGAAAUAUAGAGAUGGAGACAGUCAUCAAACCAAAUCCUGAUCAGAAAUCUCGGGCUAAACGGACUAGAAGGUCCAUGGAGACUCAGUGUGAAGUCUGUCGUAAAGCUUUUAAGAACCCAGGAAACUACUACCGUCACCUACAGUCAAAAGAGGGAAUGCCAAUACAGACAUGUGAUUUGUGUGGUCUUAAGUUCCAUGAUGUUUAUGAUCUUCUGAAGCACACUCGACAGGUCCACUCCCAGACAUCAGACACCAAGGGAUACAUCUGCCGAGUCUGUGGACAAAGUUUCCCUGAUCUCACUUUACUCACUGAGCAUAUGUCAGAGCAUUUGCAAACCAUGAAGAAAUCAGGGAACACUAUGUCUGAAACUAAAAUUUCUAAAACAGAGGGAUCUGGGUCACUCUUCUGUUCCAUUUGUGGUGAAAAAUUCUACAAUCCAGUGAUGCUUGACUUACACAUGAUGGAACAUUCCUCUUCACAGAGCAGUUCAGAAAAUGCUUUAGAUCUAUCCAAAUCGAGGAAAGAUGCCACACAACCUCCUCCAAGGAAACGUUUGAAGUUGGAAGCCAUUCAGACUGAAGAACCACAUGAGUACUAUGACAGUGACAAGGAAAAUGAGCCACUCAAUCUGUCCAAGAAGAAAUACUCCCCCAGGGUCAAGGCCAAGGUUCUAGGGAUCCACCAAGAGAGGAUUCAAUCAACAGUACCCUGCAUCAGUACCAUGCCACUUGUGAACAGUGCUAUGCCAAUCCAUCAUAAUUCCCAACCUCAGACAAGUCCAGGGAGUGUGGGACUGGAUUUAUCUUGUAGAUCAAAACGUUCAGAAACUUCACAUGGAACUGUUGUUGUAGAUCAAACACUGUCAAAAGAUCAAGAAAUGUCAGAAUUGAACAAAUGUACAGAAAAAGACUUCACAAAGACAGUAAAGAAAGAGGAAUUAGGAUCCCUAGAUAGUGAAGAAGGGGUUACACCUCUGAAGUCACCAAACCUGGACUCAAAUAUUGCCAUGGAAACAAGCCAAGAGGACUUCCCAGAUGAGAACUCUAGCUUGACUGACAAGAGUGACUUCCCUGACCAUGCCUCUGACCUGAGCAGUAGAGCAGAUUCCCCCUCAUUGACCUUGACCUGUGAGUACUGCUCCAAGGUCUUCACUGAUCCAGUAACCAUGAACAGGCACCUGUCAUCUCACUACAAGGAAUGGGCCUUCUGCUGUAACUAUUGUAACACCAUGUUCACAGAGGAAGACAGUUACAGAGCUCACACCCCUGUUCACCCUCCCCAUAAUCCAUACAUGUGCAAUGUCUGCCACAACCACUUCCCUGACAGAAUCAGUCUCGGGGCUCAUCAGUCUCAAGUUCACCCCCAGGAGAAACCUUUCCAGUGUGGAGUCUGCCAGAGGAGGUUUCCUGUCAAGUCCUACCUGGGAUCACACUGCCGAACUCACCUCACUGAGAGACCAUUCAAGUGCAAUGUCUGUGACCGCACCUUCGUUCACAAUUUUAACCUGACAAAGCACAUGAGGACACAUACAGGUGAAAAACCAUACACCUGUGCAUGGUGUGAUAGGAAAUUCAGUCAGAAAAAUAGUCUUAAUAGGCAUGAGAAAAUCCAUAUGAGAGAAACCCCAUCAAAAGGAACCCUACCAACUGCUUCUGGAGGUGGUCAGCUCUUUAGCCCAGGUCCGGAUCAGGAGGACACCUCACAUGGCAGAACCACACCCUACAAAUCUGAUAGAUCCACCCCACCAAGCUUAAUCGGUUCAAAUACAAUCACACCACAGAGCCAGCACAAAACUGGAUCAGGACAGAACCGGUCCAGAAACAGCUCAGCCGGCUCAACUGGUAUGCACCAGACUACACCAGAUCUACCUCCUCAGGACAGGUACCCCAAUCUUCCUCCAGAUGUUCUACAGCACAUAUACCUACAACAGAUGGCAAUGAUGCAGCAUAUGGCUCAACAGCAGCAGCAUGGACACAGCAUGAACCUGAUGCAGAAUUCCUAUAUGAUGGCAGCAUACAUGCAGCAAAUGCACAUGAUGCAGCAGAUGGCAAGCAGGGAUCCAAAAAUGUCACCAUACCCACCAGGCAGGGAUCCAAACAUGUUGCCAUACCAACCAGGCAGGGAUCCAAACAUGUCCCCAUAUACACCAACCUCUAUGGAGUCUAUGUCUUCCUACUCCAAGUCCAUUGAAAACUAUGGUAACGAAAAUACUCAGCAGCAACUGAAGAGCACAGAUCAUUCAGCACAGGCCGAUAAUAAAGGGACAUAACUGUGAGAUAAGACUAACUGAAAGGUCUCCACCUUGUACAUGAUGAUCAAAGUAAAGGAAAUUUGUGAAAUAAGACUAACUGGCCUCCACCUAGCACAGGAUGAUCAUAGUAAAGGGACAUAACUCAGAAAACUGUGAAAUAAGACUAACUGGACUCCUUCUAGCACAGGAUGAUCAUAGUAAAGGGAUGUAACUGUAAAAACAUAUCAGUGAGAACGGGGUGUUUAAAUGAGGUGUUAGUACCUGUCAUUUUCAUAAACAUUAGAAAAAGUUGAAGUGAAAAGGAAGAGGUCAUCAAGUUUACUUUUUGACAAUGGCAAUGCAAACCACACUAUAAUUAAUGAAGUGAGAUCAGAACAGAGAUAAGGACUAUUAUUUUUAAAAGCUCUCCAUGAACAAGUAUUAACUAUCCUGUAAAAUGAUUUUCAACUGUUUAAUUGGUAAAAUGAAUUUGUUAGCAUAAUUUGUAAAAUAUUCUGGAUCAUUAUUUUUUGGUUCUUCUUUAGUAUAUUUCUCAAAGUCCAGAUUUAGGAUAUUACUGUUGUAAAUAUUCUUAGCUUACAACUGAACUGGUAUGUUAGCAAGUCAGUAACAUUGCUUAUUGGUGUUAAAACAUGUAUUUUUUUAAAUAUGAGUUUUAAGA